CCCUUCGGCAGCAAGAUGUGGAGCAAAGUGGCCCGCCCGCCCGUCCUGGCGCUGCUCUUGGCAGCCGGCGCGAGCGCGACGGCCGGUUUCACCUGUUCCCGCUCGGAUUCGCCGGUCCUGCCCGUCGUCGAGGCGGCGGAGAAGCGGUUUAAGCCCGCCUCGCCAACCCUGGCCGGCACGUGGGUCAACGAGCUGGGCUCCAAGAUGGUCCUCAACCCUCCCGACGACUCCGGCCAGUUCACGGGCUCCUACCUGACGGCCGUCUCCGCCGCCCAGAAGCCCAUCCAGGUGUCUCCCCUCGUGGGCGCCCAGCACGACCCGAAGGGGGCCGAGGAGGAGUAUACCUUUGGCUUCCUGGUCAACUGGUCGUUUUCAGACUCCAUCGCUGCAUUUGCGGGACAGCGCUUUGUGGAUGAUGAAGGGAAGGAGACCCUGGAGACAACCUGGCUUCUGCGGCAGAAGGUGGAAUCCCAUGGCGAUGACUGGGAGGCCACUCGGGUUGGCAGGAACGUCUUCACACGGGCAGCAUAACAGGAUCCGAGACUCGCUUGCUGCUGCUGCUGCUCUGCCAUGUAGCACCUGCAGGAAGGGGGCUUCCCUUUCCCUUCUUGAUUAAACCAUUUAUAUACAUUGCUUCUUCUACAAACAUAAUUGUGGCUGUGACAGGCCCCCGUCCUCCCUCCCCAGCAAGUGAAGAAGAAAGAGUGCCUGGAAAAAUCAAGCUGCACCAUAUGAUAGCUGUCUUCCAAUACCUGCCCCAUGGAAGAUGGAGCGAGCUUCUUUUCUGCUGCUCUGGAGGCCACGACCUGAACGGAUGAACUCAAGUUACAAGGAAGGAGAUUCCAACUAAACAUCAGGGACCCAAACCAGUUUAGAGAAUCAGAAAGAAUGUAACUGUAAAGAGAGAGAUGAAAAGUACAAAUAUGAAGGCAACUUUUCUAGAAAUUGUAUGUAUAGAAUAUUUAAAUUAUGGUUUGUACUCCUUAAAUGAUUGUAUUGAACAAA